AUGUCUCCUCUAAAUACACUCAAAGCCUACCUCCCAUGGAUUCAAACCCCUCUCGUGGCCAAUGCCCCCAUGAGCGGCAGUGCCAAAAAUAAAUUGGCAAUUGCCGUGACACGAGCAGGGGGACUAGGCCAGAUCGGAUUCCUGGAUGACAUGCAUGAAUUGAGGACGGAGCUGGAAGUUACCAAGAAAGCUCUUGAAGAAUCGGGCUUCGACACUUCGAAGACACUUCCAAUCGGCUUGGGCGUUAUCGUCUUCGGCUCGCCGAUGAAUGUUUGGAUGACGCUGUUCCAGACCUACAAACCCGCUGUGGCUUGGCUCUCAUUCGCUGAUACGGCCACACUGAGUCAAUGGACAGAAGGUAUUCGGAAGUCUUCGCCCGAGACUCGCGUUUGGGUGCAGCUCGGCAGUGUUGCUGCUGCUGUCGAUGUAGCGCGUGCUUGUCAUCCUGACGCACUGGUUCUGCAGGGCGGAGAUGCUGGAGGUCAUGGACAUGAGAAUGGUGCUAGCAUUGUAUCUCUCAUUCCCGAGACUGCAGAUGCACUUGAUGUCCUUGGACUUGGUGAUAUUCCGCUCAUCGCGGCUGGUGGCAUUGUCGAUGGGCGGGGCUGUGCUGCAGCAUUAACACUUGGUGCGGCUGGGGUUGUUAUGGGGACUAGGUUCCUCGCUGCCGAGGAAACUUCUAUUCCGGAUGCCUACCGGGAUGCUAUCUUCGAAGCAUCUGAUGGAGGUCGAGCGACGGCGCGAUCACGGGUUUUUGAUGAGAUUUGGGGUGCGAACUUCUGGCCUGACACUUAUGAUGGAAGAUGUCUUCGGAAUAAGGUCUAUGAGCACUAUAAGAAUGGUGUAGAUAUUGAGAAGAUUAGGAGAAUGAUUUCCGAAAUGAUAAAUGAUCCUGGCUCUGUCAACUUGGACACGAAGGAUAUGGGUAGUAUUUGGGCUGGGACGGGAGUUGGACUAGUCCAGAAGCUGGAAAAGGCGCCAGAAAUUAUUGAUGAGGUGAGAGGAGAUACGCGGAGAUAUAUGGAAAGGGCUUCGCUUCGCCUAUGA